CUACACCAACAUCCACCCAUUCUUCAUCGUCCAUCCCCCAUUUCUUUACUCGCUUUCUUCAUCACAUUUCCAUCGAUUGCCUUGUAACCUGGGUUUUGCUCUGCUGCUUGGCGCGACAAUUUGCUCGAUACGAUUCUUCGUCUCCCUGCAAAGCACGCGUAUUUUCUUGCAUUACUUUUUACGACUAUUCUCGCGUCGCGAGUCCUUGCUUACCACUUUUGCAGUACCUAAGCCUUGUUAGCCAUGGCCACCACUGCAAUGGAUUACGAGACUGCAAACGGCGAUCGUUUUGAUGACGACGGCCCCCGUUACGAGCGUGACCAGCGAAGCGCUUCUCCUCGUGCCUCUCGCGAUGACGGUAUUGACAGCCGCCGCCGCUCUGCCUCUCCGGCUGCCAACCAGGAUCGUGCCCCCAAAGAGGAGAAUGGCAGCAGGGAUGAGGACGGUUCCGUUAACCCUGGAUCUAACCUCUUCGUAACUGGAAUCCAUCCCAGAUUGACCGAAUCCGAAGUUACUCGUCUUUUCGAGAAGUACGGCGAAGUCGAGAAGUGCCAGAUCAUGAAGGAUCCUCACACCAAGGAAUCUCGCGGUUUCGGUUUUGUUAAGAUGGUCACAUCUGAGCAGGCCGAUGCGGCCAAGGAUGGUCUGCAGGGAGAAGAGAUCGAGGGCCGAACUCUCAGCAUCGAGAAGGCUCGCCGAGCUCGUCCUCGAACUCCCACUCCCGGCAAGUACUUUGGCCCCCCGAAGAGAGAGGGCCGUCCUCGUUUCGACGAUCGACGUCGUGGAGGUGGCUACGGUGGCUACGGCGGUCGCGAUGACCCGUACCGUUACCGAAACCAUGACCGUACCCGUUAUGAAGAUCGCGGUGAUCGCGGUUACCGCGAGGACCGCGGAUAUGACCGCAACUACCGUGAUGGUCGAGGUGGCGGCUACGGCGCUCGUGAGGAGCGAGGUUAUGACCGUGGCUACGGACGAGAUGAUCGACGUGAGCGUGAUGAUGGUUAUGGACGAAUCGAUCGAUAUGCCGGUGGUCGUGAAGAGCGAGAUCGGUAUGGAGCUCGAGGAGGAGAAGACCGACGUGCUCCAGGUUAUGAACGUGAUCGUUAUGAUCGUCCCGACAGGGAUGCUGCUAGAGCUCGCGACCCUGCUCCGUCUGGUUACGGCGAACCCGCUGCUCGACCCGACGCCCGCGAGACAUACGGAGGACACGAUCGCUACAUGCGCUGAGAGGCCUUCAACUCUCCACAUUUUAGUCUCCACACAGGUUGGAUCUCUGACGACAGCAUUGGGCUCUCCUUCUUCGGUCAUUUCUCUUCGGGCAUGCGAGUUCGGCGGAUACCAUAAAAGAUGUGACAAAUGGAGUUUAAUACGGCAGGUAAAAGGGAAGGAAAAGGCAUUCUAACACUAUGUUUUUCUCUUUUUCUUUGCUUUUUCUCUUUUCAUUUUGUUUUUCCCUUGAUAUCUGAUCCUUAAACAGGGUUCGACAGAUUCGGGCAGAAGGAUGCUAUCGUAGUGAUCUCGCCUGUUGGCGGGCGGAUUUCCUCGGCAAGAGAUUUUUCAUUUUGCAGACAGCCUUGCGACGACGUUUGAGGAUGAUGGC